GGGACUGGGAAAAGCCAGUGUUACCUAAAACCCUUAUUUGUUGUUCGCAUCCUCCCGUCUCUUCAUCAAUGGCGGCCUCCCACCUCAUCUCCCAGCCCUCAUCUUUUUCCAAUACCUUAAAAUGCCUUCCAAAGCCAUACUCCAAACCCUUCAUAAUGAACCCUACACCCUUCCAACCCACAAGCUCAAGGUCCCUAAACCUGAGGGCAGUUCUGUCCGAAAACCAAGCAAAGUCGUUGACCUCCGAUUCACAGCCCCAAAAGGUCCAACACUGUUUCUCUAAAUCCGACAAUGGGUAUUUGUAUUGCGAGGGUCUUCGGGUUCAGGAUGUGAUGGAAACGGUGGAAAGGCGGCCGUUUUACCUCUACAGUAAGCUCCAAAUCACCAGAAAUGUCGAAGCUUAUAGGGAAGCUUUGGAGGGUUUGAAUUCUAUUAUCGGCUAUGCAAUUAAGGCCAAUAAUAAUCUCAAGAUUUUGGAGCAUUUGAGGAAGUUGGGCUGUGGGGCUGUCUUAGUAAGUGGCAAUGAACUCAGAUUGGCGCUCCAUGCCGGGUUUGAUCCUACAAGGUGUAUCUUUAAUGGAAAUGGAAAGCUGCUGGAAGAUCUGGUGCUAGCCGCUCAAGAAGGUGUUUUUGUCAAUGUUGAUAGUGAAUUUGACUUGGACAACAUCAUAUCUGCUGCAAGAGUUGCUGGGAAGAAAGUCAAUGUAUUGCUUCGGAUUAAUCCAGACGUGGACCCUCAGGUUCAUCCUUAUGUGGCCACUGGUAAUAAGAACUCCAAAUUUGGCAUCAGAAAUGAGAAGCUGCAAUGGUUUUUAGAUGCUGUGAAGGCACAUCCUGAUGAACUGAAGCUUGUGGGGGCACAUUGCCAUCUUGGUUCCACUAUCACCAAGGUUGACAUUUUCAGGGAUGCUGCAGUCCUUAUGGUGAAUUACAUAGACCAAAUCCGUGCCGAAGGCUUUGAAAUUGACUACUUAAACAUUGGAGGUGGGCUGGGGAUUGACUAUUACCACACUGGUGCCAUCCUUCCCACUCCCAGGGAUCUGAUCGACACUGUACGGGAGUUAGUAUUGUCACGAGAUCUCAAUCUCAUCAUUGAACCUGGGAGAUCAGUGAUUGCUAAUACUUGCUGCUUGGUUAAUCGUGUCACUGGGGUUAAAACUAAUGGAACAAAAAAUUUUAUUGUCAUUGAUGGCAGCAUGGCUGAACUUAUCAGGCCCAGUCUGUAUGAUGCUUAUCAACACAUAGAGCUGGUUUCUCCUCCACCAUCUGAUGCUGAACUUUCUACAUUCGAUGUGGUUGGACCAGUUUGCGAGUCAGCAGAUUUCUUGGGGAAGGAAAGGAAGCUUCCAAUUCCAUCUAGGGGAGCUGGCUUGGUAGUUCACGAUGCUGGCGCUUAUUGUAUGAGCAUGGCGUCCACAUAUAAUCUCAAGAUGCGCCCUCCUGAAUACUGGGUUGAAGAGGACGGAUCAGUGGUGAAGAUCCGGCACGGGGAGACAUUCGAAGACCAUCUGAGAUACUUUGAUGCUCUCUAGUUUUGAUUAGCGUCUGAGUAUUUGAUUCGUAUUUCAGGACCGAAUGUUAUGUAUUCUAAUUGUAACAUUUUAUUGAUGACACCAUUGUUUUGCUCUGGAGUGUAGCUGUUGAAGAACAAUGCAUAUCAUCUUCGUAUAUCUUUGCUUUAUUCA